UACCGAGCGGUACCCAUAUCAUCCAAACUAUGAUUUAUCUGUUGGAGGUCGCAGUUUCGUAUCACAUGAUCAGGACACUACAAGUCCCAGUGGCUCCUCUCAAGGUGAACAUGCAUGGGGUGAUGAGAUGCAAUGGACACCAUCAAGCAAGCAACGAUUUGCCAAUGAGCAUCUUUCUGACUCCGACGUUUCUUACGUUCAUUCUCCUGUAUUGCAAUCUCCGGAUUCGUGGAGUUCUGGCUCAAGCAACAGUGAACAUGAGUGGGACUGGGACAAUGCUGAAAGCUCGAAAACAAAGGCAAUAGAUUAUGGGGUAAGUGAAUUU